AUGAAUAUAAGAUUGGUGUGUGAAAUAAUAGCCAUGAUUUUGCUACAUGUCAUAUUUUACAAGGUGUCCAUUUAUUACUUACUGAGGUAUUUAGACAUUUUAAAUCAUUCGAAUAAAUUUAACAAAAACAUUUUUUUCAUAACCUUUUUAGUUUGUAUGUCUAUCUUUUCCCUUUUCCUCUUUGAGCUAUCCAACAUCGUGUCCAAUGGUACCAUCACGUACAUUUGGCACAUUGACAUAUGUGUCUUAGUCUGCUUGCUGUAUAUAGUCAUUCCCAUAGAGUUCGUCAACACGAUUUUUGAUUCGAGUAAUUACAAAGAAAUUCUUUCCCCAGAAUUUAACUCCCACUCGCAUAUCAAAUUGAUAAAAAAAUAUUACAUAAAGAUAAGUGCCAUUUAUAAGGAGCAAAAUGGAAUUAGCAAAAAGAUAAAGAAGCAUUUUUUUCUCAUUCGAAGCAUCAUAUUUUUAUCAUUUCUUUGGCUAAGUUUAGGGAAAUUAAAAAAUAUGAUUUACAAAAAGAACUACAAUUAUGUCAUAGCAGAUGAUAACACGCUCAAUAUAAGGAAGUAUCUGCUCUACAGUCAGAACGCCGAGAUGCAGAAGAAAAAUCAAAACAAAUUCUUUAAUAAGACCAUAUUUUACCUUCUAGAAAAGAGGAAAAAAUGCUUUAAUUAUUACUCCACCGCAUUUCAAGACUUCCACCAAUAUUACAACAAGGGGCAAGACGAAGGUGAACAAACGAGGGAAGAAAAAAAAAACAUAUUUAAAAAAUGCAUUAACCGGGUAUAUAGCAUCUUGGGCAUCCUCUUUGUUAUGUUUCUACAUUACCUAAUGUUGCUGUACAAAUUCAUCAUCGGAGAGCUGCUCAUAAACAUUUGUGCUCUUGGAGUGACGACCAAUUCUAUCGUCGCAGGCAUAUCCUCUAUGUAUUUUAUUUAUGAUUACAUUAUCACCUUUGUAUAUUAUGUGCAAAUUCCGAAGAUACAAAUACAGAUUUAUAACAUUGAAGAAAGAAUACUAAUUAACUUCACUAAUUAUAUGUUUAAAAAGGAGGAGCUGCAAAAGCUGCAGAGUAACUUUGACAUUCAUUCAAAACGGUUUCUAUACGAUUCCAAAAGGGGGGGAUCUCCUGUGGGGAAUGCUUCCCCUUUGGAAGGGCCAGAGAAGAACAAUUCUGAGAGUUAUAAGGAAAAGCAGUUCCCAUCCAAAGGGGAACUCCAACAAAAUGGCGAACAAGGAAUCAUUGCAAGAAGUAAAACUGCCAUAAUGAGAAAAAGAAAAAACUCUGUAAAGAAAUCUUCCGUACUUGUAAACUUCACCAAUCGGUUAAAAAAUAUGUGCACCUUUAGGAAUAGCAGCUUGUUAAACUAUGCAGAUAGCGGUGGGCAGGUGCGAACCGCCGACUUUGCCUUUUUGGAGGACAAGCAAAGACACUCCAACGCGAGUAAGAAGAAACACAAACGAUUAAGUACUCACCAUUUUGAGCAACCAAAAAGUAAAAAGAAAAGUGGAAACUUCAGCGACCACGAAUCGACUGUCAUUAACUAUUUUUAUAAAAAUAUAAACAAAAAUAAUGUGCACCCUUUGAAGAGGUCAAAUAGUUGCCCGCUUUCCUUUGCCGAAAGUAAUGACGCCUCGUCCGACGGUGAACCCCGCGCGGGCGCGACUGAGGAGGGCCAAGUCAGGAAGUACAGCUCCCUAAGUGUGACGCUUGACGGUGAGCCCGCCUCCUCGAAGGGGGAAGGCCCCGGUCGCGCUGCUGUUAGCGGAGAUGUCCGCGGCGAUCGCAUCGGUGACCAGAGCGGGUGCCGGCACAGGGAUACGCGCAGCCACGGUGAAGGAGCAAACGGGGAAGACCCCCCCAACACGCACAGCACCCCCAAUACGCCAAACACGCACAACCCCCCCAACGCGGGCGCCAAAAAAUUCUUCUUCAAAAGCAUCAGCUUCCCAGUGAACAAGUUCGAAAAAACCAAGUACAACGAGAAGAAGCAAAAAAUGGAGCGCAUUCAAUUUCUGUACGAAAUGGAAAAGAACUUCCACGUAAAGAACAAAAUGAGCGUAGAUGAUGCCGAAUUGAAGGAGGAGUCCAGCGAACAAAACGACAGCCAGGCAAGCGACGACCAGAACAUUUACGACUCGUGUAAUGAAGAUAUACGAAAAAUACAAGACAUUGAAAAUUACAAUAAAUUAAAAAAAGAAAUAGAAAAUAUUGUGUACACAAAUACGAGUAUGUAUUACUCCUUAAAUGCAAUUUUGAGCAGGAAAUUUGAAAUUCAAAAGAAUAAAAAUUGCCUAGUUGGAAAAAUUAACGUCUUUUUAAAUUCGGUGAUGUUUUUAACAGUCAUUUAUAAAAUUAUUAUGUCCAUUUUGAACAUAAUUUUUAUAAGAAUUUAUGUAAGGGAUCCUUUUUCCAAAAUUAUUGAAAAGGUGUGUUUAUUUUUUAAUAUAAAAUAUAAUAUAGCCAUAAUUUAUGGGCCAUAUAUAUCGUUGGUGUACAUUUCGUACAUCGUGGCAAUUAACAUGAAGAAGUUUUUACAGCAGGUUAUCCAAAUAUCGACUUAUUUUUCUUUUUAUUUUAAACUUUUUUUAAAUAUGUGGAUUUUGUUAAUUUCCGAAUUAAUGGGCCUCUAUUUUGUGACCAACUCUUUGCUCUUAACUUCCUACAUUCCUGUAAAUUACAAUCACAUUAUGAAUUUUGUCAUGGGAAAUAAUUAUGAUUAUAAUAUAUUUCAUUUGCACUCUGAUUAUGUUUUCAUCACGUCCUUCACGUCCACGUUAAUUUUUUGCGUCCUCUACAUGUUUUAUUUUUAUUUUUUUUAA